AUCGUCAACUCGCGAUAUGAACCAAACCUAAUUGGCAGCCUUCGGUUGUCUACAGUUUAUAUACACAUACAAGAACAGAAAACAGCUUAUCUCUGUCGGCAUACACAACCGCAAUCUCGUUACGAUCCAUUCAUGGAUCGGGAUGCGACUUCGGCCACCAACCUCCUCGAGAGGAAAAAUAUCCUCAUCGCCGACAUUCUGACCUCGGUGCGCGACUACUUCAACCUCGCGCUCGCCCCAGUUGAUGACACGGCCUCAACUGGGCAGACGGCCGAGCGGAGCCUGGCAAUGGAAACGAAGUUAAGCGCAAUGAUCAAAUCGACCGAAGACCUCGUCUCCCUGAGCCGCAGGAUCCGCGAGCUGUGGAUCAUCGGCGCGCUCAAACCCGUUACCGGCGAAGCUGACCAGGGUAUGGACAUGGACAGCGAGCAGGUAUUCUCUCUCCUCGGCGCCCUCCGCGAGCGGCAGCGGCAGAGCUUGCUCCAGCACGCGGCGGCGGCCGGCGGUGGGUUCACAUACGAAGUGGGCGGACUGGAUGGGCCAGCGGUGCCAGGAUCAGAAUCAAAAUGAUUACCUUGUUAUUAAGUGGAUAAUAAAUAAUCGAGCGAACGAGAUCAGUGUCACAAUAUCGCGUUAUGGAGAAGAUCAAGACAUAGUAU